AUGGCCGAGCAUCCGCGACUGCGGCCCGGCCGAGGGCCCGCCCCGAGAGCCGAGCUCCUCCUGCUGACACUGCUGGCAGGCGUGAUCCUGCCGACGCUCAGCUCCACCCGGCACACGGGGCCCUCAGGCCUGGCCCUUGCGGCGGCCCCGGCCGCGCCUUCCCCCUCGACCGUGGCUGCCGCGGCCGUGGCGGCCCACACGGCCACCCACCGGGCCGACGUCGUGGCCGCCGCCUGCGCCCCGAAUUGCACCCUCUGCCCGGACGGCGCCUGCCAGGACUGCGCCUCGGGCUACAUUCUGAAUAUCUUCGACGAGGCGGGCCCCUGUGUGACCGAGUGCCCGCCGGCCUAUCCCAGCCUCUAUGUGGAGAAUGGCAGUGCCAUCUGCUGGCCGGAGAUGAUCCGCGGGUGUGUCAUGCUGCGCCAGGGCGCCCGCCUGCCGUACGAGUGCAUCGAGUGCCAGCCCGGCCGGUACCUGUCCAAUGGGAAUUGCCCCGUCUGCCCGGAGGGCUGCACCGCAUGCUCCAGCGCCACCAGCUGCACUGCCUGCGCCGCCGGCAGGCUUCACCACCUGGGCCAGCAGUGUGUGUCCUCCUGCCCGGACGGGUACCACGCCAGCGGGUCAGUCUGCCGGGCGUGCUCGGCCAGCUGCAAGACCUGCGCCGGGGCCGCCAGCUGCUCCAGCUGCCCCAGCGGCAAGAUCCUGCACAGUGGGUCCUGCCUGUCCGGCUGCCCCACCGGCACCUACCUGUCGGGGGGCUCGUGCGUCAGCUGCUCGGCCAAUUGCGCGGCCUGCACCGGGGCCAACUCGUGCACCUCCUGCCAGGGUGGCUGGUUCCGCCACGGGGGCGCCUGCGUGCGCACCUGCCCGGCCAGGACCUUCCCCGACCCGGGGCAGGGCGCCUGCCUGUCGUGCGGGGCCCAUUGCGACGAGUGCCGCAGCGCCACCAACUGCCAGGCCUGCCAGCCGAACUACUUCCUGUCAGCCGGCGCCUGUCGCAGCACCUGCCCCACGGGCUCCUACCCGGACACAGGCAGCCGGAGCUGCGCCGCCUGCCCGGCCACCUGCUCCGCCUGCCAGUCGGCGUCCGUCUGCUCGGCCUGCAAGCCGGGCAGCUUCCUGGAGGGCGGGUCUUGUGGCGGCUCCUGCCCGGCUGGCAAGUAUGCCAACGCCCAGAGCCACACCUGCACCGGCUGCCCCGCCGGCUGCGCCACCUGCACCAGUGCCACCUCGUGUGGGUCCUGCGCCGGGGGCUACUUCCUGAGCGGCUCGGCCUGCGUCACUGCCUGCCCGGCGGGCACCUUCAAGGACCCGGCCAAUGGCACGUGCACCGGCUGCCGGACCGGCUGCGCCACCUGCUCCGGUGCCACGUCCUGUGACUCCUGCAGCACCGGCUACUUCCUGCAUGGCGCCUCCUGCGGCACUGCCUGUCCCGGGGGCACCUUCGGCGAUGUUGCCGACAACGCCUGCGCCGCGUGCGGCACCGAUUGCGCCUCGUGCACCGGGCGCGACAGUUGCACUGCCUGUGCCGCGGGCCGGCUCCUGCACCAGGGCGCCUGCGUGGGCGCCUGUCCUCCGGGCACCUUCGCCAAUGGCCCGGGCACCGUCUGCCAUGCCUGCCCGUCCGGCUGCUCGACCUGCCAGUCGGACACGGUGUGCUCGGCCUGCAAGCCGGGCAGCUACCUGGAGGGCACCUCCUGCCAGGAGACCUGCCCGCCCGGGAAGUUCGCCAACCGCCACGAUGGCACCUGCACCGCCUGCAUGGCCGAGUGUGCCACCUGCCCCGAUGCCCUGUCGUGUGGCUCCUGCUCUGCGGGCGCCUUUUUGACCGGGGCCAGGUGCGAGGCUUCCUGCCCCGAGGGGACCUUUGGCGAUGUGGCCAGCAAUCUGGGCGAGUGCGCCGAGUGCGCGGCGGACUGCCACACGUGCACCGGACCGGAGCCGGCCGACUGCCAGGCUACCUGGUGCGAGAUGGAGGACACGUGCGAGGCCGAGCGCAACCGGGCCCUGGCCAUCGGGCUCGGGGUGGGCCUCAGCCUGCUGUUCCUGCUGCUGCUCAUUGCCCUCGUGGUGUUUGUGCUGCUUCGUCGUCGCCGGAAGAAGAAGACCGCCCCGGAGAAUGUGGACAUGAGCAACUUCGACAAUGUCAUUGCCGGACUGUGA